AUGUUGAAGUUUGGUGGUACCCUUGUUUCGUUGGCCGGAAGGCCCCUAAUAACGGCAGUCAGUGCCACAUACAGUCCAUUGGUAAAUUCAUGUCAGAGGAAAUGCUACAAAUCCACAUUGUCAAUACGAGCCUUGACGUACGCGACGAAUAAAAGGUACUCUACAUUCAAUGCUCAUUCCGGCAAAUAUAAUGAGAGCUCAAAUGCGACUAAAAAAAAGAAAGCUACAGUUUGGCCUAGAAUAAGGGCGUUUACUACUUUCACCAUCUCAGGCGCAUUGGUUAUUGGAGCUGCAGGAUUGUCUAUUAUAGUCAUAUACUUGAUUGGCUCAGAGUUAUUCUCCCCAUCGGGAGAUACUCGUAUUUUCAAUCGUUCCGUUUCGAUUAUAGAAAAGGAUGAAACGGCCAGAGGCCUUCUACAUUGUGAAGAUACUGACACAUCCAAAGAAAGGCUCAAAGCGUAUGGUGAAACAUUUGCCAGCGAUAAAUGGACUAGGAACAGGCCUAUAUCUUCUAGCAAGAAGAUAGAUAAAUAUGGAAAAGCUCAUUAUUACAUGAGAUUUCACGUCGAGUCCAAGAAUAAAAGAGGAUUGGUACAUAUUGAAGCAGUCGAAUCCCAAAAGCAUUAUCAGCCUGACUUUACCUCAAUGUAUAUUGACGUCCCAGGCGAGAAGCGAUAUUAUUUGAUAAAACCGAAAAUCCACGCAGUUGCAAGACCUAAUGGAUUCCUUGGCGUAAACUGGGGUCCAAAAAGAGACUAG